AUGUCGAUGACCCAGCAUUCUAUCCUCCAGAUUACCCUGACCGGCCCAUCUCUCAUUUCAGCAAUACUUGCCAUCAUCAUCAGCAUCCAGGUUCUCCAACCAUCCCUGACUUGCACCUUACUGGCUUUGGCACCAUUGCCCUUCAUAAUCUACAAUGACUAUGAGAACUUCCUCAACCUCGGACCUGGAGGAACUCCGUCCACUUUCCUGGGCUACCUCAAAAUCGCAUACCUCCGUCUCUUUGCGCUGUCUGAUCCAUACACGCCAGCGACCUUCUCCGAAAAGAUAUAUCCUGUGACAGGCUACUACCAACGGGCUCAUACUUGGCUCCCGGAGCGGACUGGUCCACGACCCAAGAUAGCAGGAAUCGCGCCUCAACGGCAACUGGAUCAACCGGGGUGUGCCCAGAUGUACAAAAUGCUGCGUACGAGUCUGGAGAAUCUCGUGGUCAGGCACCCAAACUCCUUCCGUGUUGGCACUUCAUGUUUCGAGAAGAAGGGGCUCGCCCUUUUUGCCCGUGAUCCGAUCAAUCCCACCUGUCGUGGUGAGAUCUGCCACGUUCACCAUAGCGAUCGAAGCAUGCAUAUGAACCUGCACCCAGAUGACGCCAAGGUCGUGCUGGAGAAGGGCUGGGGUGAGAGACAUCCUCUUGCAAGGGGCGGUUGGAUGAAACAAUAUGUCCCUCGCGAGUUCAUCAUGGUCUACGCUCCCCGAGAUCGAACUGAACUGGACGUUGUCUGUCGGAUCAUCGAAGCAGCUGGUUUCUGGGUGUCUGGCGAGCAAUUUGAAGUGAAGGCUGAGAAGGAUUCUCUUUUAGAAAGAGAUACCGGAUCUUACGCGACUGAGCAUUAG